GGCCGGGCACGCGCGCGCGCACGCCUCCUGGAGUUUAACGGUCGCGUGAGGCCAAUUUCUCGGGCCAGGCUAGGCAGAGGCGAGGAGGCCAGUUUUCCCUGUUCAGAUUCCUUGGAAGCGUAGCGGACUUCACAGCUCUGAAUGUCAGCUGCUGAGGAUGCUGGUAGACGAUGAGGCAGCUGAAGAGGAGCCAGAAGCAGCCUCCUCCUUCAGGAGAAACAAGAGUGCUUCCAGAUGACAGAGCUUAACAAUUUCUGUGCGAUAUGGAGGAUUUUGGUUUGGCGGAAACUUUACAAAAAUCUUCACCUUCUGCAGACUCUGAUAUCAAAAGUACUCCCCAUUCUCUCGGAUUGAGCUUGUGUGCUAAUAGAAGUAGUCCCCACCUUAGUACAAAUGGGGUAUCCUCUUUCUCAGGGAAGACCGGGCCACCUGUCACUCAAGGCACAGUCGAAGUCCUCACUGCUUUAACACAAGAGCUGCAGAACAGUGGCCGGACUGCCUCAGAGCUUUGGAAGAACUGUGAGGCCAGGUGGUUGCAGCUGUUCAGUGUGGUUGAGCGACAGUGCCAGGAGCAGAUUGUUGCCCAGCAGGAGCAGUUUCACAGGCAGAUCCAGCACAUCCAGGAGGAGAUUAGGAAGUUGGUGAAACUGCAGCUCAGCACUGCUUCCUGGCCUUCCUGGAGCAGCGGCUCUGUCAGUGAACAACAGGUGCCCUCAGAAAACCAAAUGGGCUGCUUUUCUGAAAACAGUGAAAGAAAUGAGUCUGUUACCAGUUACCCAGAGUCUAAGGAACCCGAGACACAGCCAGAAUUGUCCACAUCCCACCCAGACUGCAAUGUGGACAGCAGUUCAGUGAGCAGUGGCUACGGCACCUUCUGUAUCCUGGAUAUGAACACGCACAAGGCUAAGGAGCCCCCAGAACCCAUGGAGCCUGAGGAGGCUUCCAAGGGGCAGCACACAGCCCCUGCGGUGCAGGCACAUGCCCCCGUAGGUGGCACAGUAGCCAUGAACUUUUUUGCACAGACCCCUGAAGAGCUUUGUGCACCUCUAAAGGAAGAUGUUUCCACUUUUCCUGGUGAAUUUGAACAUAGUUUUCUUAGUGAAAACAAGAUUUCAGAAGUAUACAGUGGAAAAGCAAAUAGUAGUAAGUCUAUAACAUCAUGGGCACAAAAGCUGAAGCAGAACCAGCAAAAGCAAGCACAUACAGAAGAUGGCUACUUAAGACCUAAGCCAGGGAGCGAGUUAAACCAGAAGCCAGUUGAAACACCCAACCUUGCCGCCACCACCACACAUCCUUGUGCCUUUUACCUCAGUAAACCAACUGAAAGCUCAAGUUCUUGCUUGUCUGAUUCAGGAACAGGGCUGACUUACUGGAAGCUGGAGGAGAAGGACAUGUAUCACUCUUUGCCUGACACUUUGGAGAAGAUGUUUGCACCGUCCUCCCUAGACAGACCACUGAGCCAGGUCCUGACUCUGGAUCCAACCAUACAUAUGAAGCCAAAGGAGAAGGCUGCGGGGAUUCGGCCCCAUGGCUUUUUGAGUGCUCUUGACGACAGAAUAUCCUUUUCUCCAGACUCUGUUCUGGAGCCAAGCCUGUGCAGUCACUCUGACAGUGACUUGUUUUCACAAGCAAGUCAUAAUGCUUCUCAGGUAUCUGGGUUCCCCAAAUAUCCUUCAACUACGAAAGCGUCACCUGUGGACACUUGGAAAAGCCAUACAUUCCACAGUGAAAGUAGGACGAGUUCCACGGUCCCUUCACUCUGCACCAUCACUAGCAACGAUAUCUCAGUCAGAACUGUAGAUGAAGAAAACACUGUCACAGUGGCUUCCGCCUCAGUCAGUCAGUCCCAGCUUCCAGGUACAGCCAACAGUGUCCCAGAAUGCAUUUCAUUGGCUUCCCUGGAAGAUCCUGUGAUGUUGUCUAAAAUCCGGCAGAACCUCAAGGAGAAGCAUGCACGACACAUAGCGGAUCUUCGAGCUUACUAUGAAUCAGAGAUAAAUAGUUUGAAACAGAAACUGGAGGCAAAAGACACUUCUGCCAUUGAAGAGUGGAAGAAGAAAAAUGAAAUUCUUAUAGACAGAUGUGGCCAACUGGACAGUGCAUUGAAUGAAGCUACUAGUCGUGUGCGAACACUUGAGAAUAAGAAUAAUUUGCUAGAAAUAGAAGUGAAUGAUUUGAGAGAACGCUUCAGUGCAGCCAGCAGUGCCUCCAAAAUUUUGCAGGACCGAAUUGAGGAAAUGAGAACAAGCAACAAAGAAAAAGAUAACACCAUUAUUCGGCUAAAAUGUCGGCUGCAGGAUCUGGAAGAAGCGUUUGAGAAUGCUUACAAACUCUCAGAUGAUAAAGAAGCUAGGCUGAAACAAGAAAACAAAAUGUUUCAGGAUCUCUUAGGAGAGUACGAGUCCCUCGGAAAAGAGCACGGGCGUGUAAAGGAUACAUUAAACACAACUGAGAACAAACUGCUUGAUGCACACACUCAGAUUUCUGAUUUGAAAAGGAUGAUCUCAAAACUUGAAGCUCAGGUGAAACAAGUAGAACAUGAGAAUAUGCUGAGUCUUCGUCACAGCGCUAAAGGUCCCACGAGGCCACCCCGGGCCAACACACUGGCGACCUCAGAUGUCAGUAGGAGGAAGUGGCUGAUUCCAGGAGCAGAGUAUUCCAUUUUUACUGGGCAGCCUCUGGACACCAGGAAGACAGAUAAUCAGCUGGAGGAAUCCCGUGUUCCUGGAUACCAUUCUCCUCCAGAAAAGGACUCUUCCCUUGGAUGUUCACCUUCAAGCUUAUUGAUUAAAAAGCAGAGGGAUGCUCCAGACGCACCGAUUGUGAAAGCUUUAAAGGAACUUGAUGAUGAAAGAAUAUUUAAGAAUUGGGGGACACAGACAGAGAAAGAGGAUACGUCAAGUAAAUUAGUGAAUCCUCGGCAAACUGAACCUUCAGUCAAUACAGGCUGUUCCCCAGAGAAAUGUGCCCAGCAGAGACCAAAGAGACAGAGUUCAGCUUCACAAAGAUCGUCAUCUCUCCCACCCUCCAGUCGUAAAGCCAACACUCCAACAAAAAGAGAGAUUAUGUUAACACCAGUGACUGUGACUUAUAGUCCUAAGCGAUCCCCUAAAGAAAAUCUGUCCCCAGGAUUUAGUCAUCUACUUAGCAAAAAUGAAAGCAGUCCUAUUCGAUUUGAUAUCCUUUUGGAUGAUUUAGAUACUGUUCCUGUGUCCACACUACAACAAACCAAUCCAAGGAAACAGCUCCAGUUUCUUCCUCUAGAUGACUCGGAAGAACAAAAGUAUUCAGAAAAAGCCAGUGAUGACCCUGUUAAUCAUAGCUCUUGUCCUGAACCCUUGCCAAGUGGAGUGAAGAAAGUGUCUGCACGACAAGCCUGGGAGAAGAGUAAAUCAGUUAGCCUUGAGCAGUGUAAGCCGGUGCCAGCAGCACUACAGGGUAACGAUUUUGAAUAUACAGCAAAAAUUAGGACCCUCGCUGAAACGGAGCGAUUUUUUGAUGAACUUACCAAAGAAAAAGACCAGAUUGAGGCAGCAUUAAGCCGGAUGCCUUCUCCUGGAGGAAGAAUCACUUUACAAACAAGACUAAAUCAGGAAGCCUUGGAAGAUCGUUUGGAAAGGAUCAAUCGUGAACUGGGUUCAGUUCGAAUGACACUCAAGAAGUUUCAUAUCUUGCGCAGCUCUGCAAAUCUUUGAGAUUGGUAGCCAUUAAAUCUGAGACGUUUUUGUUUGCACUGAUGUACAGUUCUACUCUCAGAAAAGACAAGCUUUUUUGUACUGUUUAUAAGACUUCAAACAGUAGUUUUACAAUCAUGAUAUUCUUACACUUGCUAUUUUAUACUCAAAUGGCCACAUAUUUUCAAGAUAUUUUCGUUAUGCUCAGGAACCUCUUGUAUAUUUUACUAUUUAAAAGGCAUUAUUUUUAAAUAGCGUAUGUCUUCAAUUUCUGUCAACAAUAAGGAAAUGUAAACAGGAGGUGGCUUGUUGCUAAGGAAAUAGUGUUAUCCUUUUACAAUGAACUUUGCACACUGAUUUUAUAAACUUGUUCUAUAUUGUAAGUAUAAUUCAUUUUUAAAAUAAAUGAUUCACAGCUUCCAUAAG